GGAUGUAUGGAUUUGGAGUAUGUCCAUCAGAUGUAUGGAAGGAUAAAUCGACUUGGAAAAGAAAUCAAAAUGAAUAUGUAGAUGUUCUGGAGGCAAAAGUAGAUGAUCUAGAAUCUGAAGUUCAAAAUCUGAAAACUAUUUUGAACAACCAAAACAAUGGCAAUGGCGCAUCUUCACUUCAGGUUAAAGACACAAAUGUUAAUACUGCACUUGCAAAAGAAACUAGAAGUCAAUGGUUCUCAUCUUCACAAUAUGAUACUCUAAUUAUUGAGGUUGGAGAACUAGUCAAUAUUAAGAGUGUUACUAGUGAGCCUGAAACAAUUGCUAUUGGUAUCGUUUGUAGCAAUGAUCCAUCAAAAGAAGUUGGAGGAAAAAAGAUUGGAUCCUCUUUUUCUGAAGUUAUUGUUAAAGUUUCUAUUAAGCCUGAUGAACAAUUGAUUAAACCUUAUGGUCUUUUUAAGACAAUUGGUCAAGUUGUUGGGGCAUCUAUUGCAUGGCCAACGACAUUUCUGAUUCCAUUGGCAUCAGACAAACCAUUUUAUGAUUCGAUGGUGUGACUAAUUAAUUGUUAUAUAAGUAUUCUAAACUCUUGUAAAUAUUUUUUUUCGUUAAUGUUUAUUUCAAUGUCUUUGUAACUGAAGUUUCAUAAUACUGGUGUUGUUUGUGUUGUAUUUGUUUAUUUUUAUGUUUAUCAAAUAAUAUUAUUGUAUUGUUGGUUGUUUAAAAAAUGCAUUGACAUUUUAUUUUGGGACAUAUGUAAUAUUUAUAAUUUACAAUAUA